CCUACUCACUAGAAAACUAGGAAGCAGCUAUAGGAAGAAACUAGAGUGAGAAGAAAUAUCCAUGCUAGCUGGAGCCGGGCAAGAAAUUCAACAAAUUUGUCAAGCCAAUAUUAUUUCCCCACCGUCCGGGAUUGCUCCAAUCAGGCCCAGACCAGAAGGUGUGGCUUCUGCGUGCAUUUGUACGGCUAGUAUAGGCCUUUGAUGGGGCCUGACAGGGUCCCUCUGCAGAUCUGAGUUAUUGGGACAAGAGGAAACAGGACCAAGAGCUUCAAAAGUUUUUACAGUUUUAAAAGUCAAAACACCUUAACGAAGAAGGGUGAUGCCAUGGCAGCUAUUCCAGCAACAUCACCAGCCACAGGGGUGCUGACCAGUCCGUUCAUGAAGAAGAUGAACACACCUACGUCCCAAGAUGAUGCCAAUAUGGCUGUUAUAGGAGCUGUUAUCGCCGUGGUUUUUCUCACUCUUCUUUCAGUCGUUGUGAUAAUUGUUGUUUACCUGUACAAGAAUAAAGGCAACUACCACACCUAUGAACAACCUGAAGCAGAUCCAGAGGGAUCAGUCCAAAUGGAAGAUUUCCCCUGUAAACGUGAAAAAGAAGAGUAUUUCAUAUAGAAGAUACCAGACUGCUGCCGUGUUUUAGACUGUCCUAACUUAAAUGAACAGAAGUUUUAAGUUUGUCAUUCUUUUACUCAAGGAAUUAAAUGUGUAUUAGUAAAUGUUGUUUAUAUACUGGUAGAACUCUGGCUUAAAUAAAAGUAGUUGAAC